CGUGACGUAGUGCUGCACUGUGCUGUGCUGGUGCUGUGUUUGCUCCCUCUCCUCCCUCUCCAGGCAAUCGCAACCCAUCCGUCGUCCGACCCCCACGCUUCAAACACCUUCCUCACACCCCGCGCAUCCGUCCUUGAAAUCCCGCUGCUGAAUCAACUUCAGCCUACACAACCACCAUGUUUGGCUUCAUCACCAACCGUCUGCAGCCCGCCGGUGCUCCCGAGCGGACUCGCCCUGGCUGGUUCGACCGUCACUUCUCCCCGGUCCUGCUCUCCAUUGCGAAAAAGGCAUGCACCCACCCGAUACACACAAUCGUCACCAUUGCUUUCCUGGCCAGCUACUCGUACCUCGGUGUUCUGGACAAGGGUUUGCUGGAUCGCCAGGAUUCAGCUCCGGGCCGUGUCGAAUUUGAGACGUUGUUGGCGGGCAGCAAGAGUCUGCGUGUGGGAGAGGAAACCGCCUGGAAAUGGGAGGUUCAAGAUGCACCCGUAUACGCUGCAUCCCAAAACAAGGACCUGCAGCAGCUUGCCCUCGUUACCUUGGUCUUCCCCGAAUCCACCGCCAUCAACUCGGCCCCUAUCCAGCAAACCCUCCCUAGCAACGUUUCCGCCCACCUGCUACCCAGCUCCUCGAGCUCCUUCUCCACCAUCUCGCCAGAUACUUCGUUGGUUUAUUCUGUUCCUUAUGCCGAGGCGGCCGAUUUCCUCGCCGCCAUGCAGGAGAUGGCCGCUCCCAUUGAGGCUUCGGAACCCCACAAGUUGAAGGGAGAGGGCGCACAAGAAGAGAAGAAGUGGAUCAUGAAGGCUGCCAAAAGCGCACACCCUCCCGUGGGUAUCAAUAGCUGGUUCCAUGAAACUUGGACGUCGUUUGUGGACUUGCUCAAGAACGCAGACACGGGCGACAUCAUCAUCAUGGCCAUGGGUUACCUCGCCAUGCAUUUGACUUUUGUGUCCCUGUUCCUCGCCAUGCGCCGUCUGGGUUCCAAUUUCUGGCUUGCCACCGGUGUUUUGCUCCAGUCCGCUUUUGCCUUCCUGUUCGCGCUUGCCGUCACCAUCUACUUCGAUGUGCCAAUCAACAUGGUCCUGCUUUCCGAAGGUCUUCCAUUUUUGGUCGUCAUCAUCGGCUUUGAGAAGCCCAUUGUUCUAACCAAGGCUGUUCUUUCCGCUGCCCUCGAUGCGCGCCGAGCAUCGGAAGAGCACCGCGGCGAGCCUUUGACCAUCCAGUCCGCCGUCCAGAAAGCCAUCAGGAAGACGGGCUUUGAGAUCGUUCGUGACUACUUCUUGGAGAUUCUCAUUCUCGUGGCGGGUGCCAUGUCUGGUAUCCAGGGUGGUCUGCGACAGUUUUGCUUCUUAGGCGCUUGGAUCCUUUUCUUUGACUCCAUCAUGUUGCUCACCUUCUUCACUUCCAUCCUUACCAUCAAGCUGGAAAUUAACAGGCUUAAGCGCCACGUCGCGCUUCGCAGGGCGCUCGAGGACGAUGGCGUCGACGGCAAGGUCGCGGAAACCGUUGCUCGCAGGAACGACUGGCCAAGCGCAAGUGAUGUUCAGCCUCGCUCGUCCACCGCGACGAUUCUGGGCAAGCAGAUCACCGUUCCCAAGUUCAAGUUCCUCAUGGUGGUUGGUUUUGUUCUCGUCAACAUCCUCAACGUUACCUUCAGAGUGUCUGGCAUCUCGGGCGUCACCACCACCCCACCCCUCGACCCCUUCAAGGUAGCCGGGAGUGGCUUGGACGUGGUGUUUGAAUCCGCCAAAGAAGCCGCGCAAUCGACCCUGGUGACUGUUUUGAUGCCCAUCAAAUAUGAGUUGGAGUACCCUUCCAUUCAUUACGCAGACCCUGUCCUCAACGACUCCCAGCUCCCAUCUCCAGGCGGCAAUAUCAGCACCCACUUCGUCGAGGGUGUGCUGAAAAGCUUGGAAGACCCCAUUCUCAGCAAGUGGAUCGUCGUCGCUCUCGUCUUGAGCGUCGUUCUCAACGGCUACCUCUUCAACGCUGCGCGAUGGACUAUCAAGGAGCCGCACAAGCCAUUGGCCCCGCCCACUGCUGCCGAAAUACAAGAUGGUGCCCCUCCAACUCCAGCUCCCGGAAUCUCAAAAAUGCUCCACAUGCCAUCCCCACCCAUGACACCAGGACCAGAAAACCAAGCAGUCCGAGGGACUGUGCAGCCCCCUGCUCCUAUCCCACCGGUUGCCCCUCAAGUGAUCCAGCCCGAAAUCGCCUUGGCUCCUACCGAGGAGGAGCAGAAACAACCAAACCGGCCAUAUGAGUACCUCGAACAGGUGCUGAAGGACAAGAAAGCACCAAGUCUGACCGACGAAGAACUCAUCGAGCUUGCUGUGAAGGGAAAGAUUCCUGGUUACGCGUUGGAGAAGACUCUUGGCGACAAAACUCGUGCUGUCAAGAUCCGACGAGGCCUUGUCUCCCGGACACACGCCACUCGCGAGACAUCCACUCUGCUUGAACGAUCCCUUCUGCCAUACAAAGACUACAAUUAUGACAUUGUCCACGGAGCUUGCUGUGAGAACGUCAUCGGUUACCUACCUCUGCCUCUCGGUGUUGCUGGACCCAUCAUGAUCGACGGCCAAAACUACUUUCUUCCUAUGGCUACCACAGAAGGUGUCUUGGUCGCUUCCACUUCGCGCGGUUCCAAAGCUAUCAACGCUGGCGGUGGUGCAACAACAGUUGUCACUGCCGACGGUAUGACCCGUGGACCUUGCAUUGGCUUUGACAGUUUGGCUCGCGCUGGUGCUGCUAAAAUUUGGCUCGAUUCUGAAGAAGGCCAAAAGACCAUGAAGGCCGCUUUCAACUCGACAUCUCGCUUCGCUCGUCUGCAAUCCAUGAAGACUGCCAUUGCAGGCACCAACCUUUACGUGCGAUUCAAGACGACUACGGGUGACGCUAUGGGCAUGAACAUGAUUUCCAAGGGAGUCGAGCACGCCCUCACUGUCAUGGCGACCGAUUGCGGCUUUGAUGAUAUGAACGUCAUCACUGUCUCCGGUAACUACUGCACCGACAAGAAGGCUGCAGCCAUCAACUGGAUCGAUGGCCGUGGCAAGGGUGUUGUCGCAGAAGCCGUCAUUCCCGGUCAUAUUGUCAAAUCGGUGCUCAAGUGCGAGGUUGAGGACUUGGUACAAAUGAACAUCUCAAAGAACUACAUUGGUUCCGCCAUGGCCGGUGCCUUGGGUGGGUUCAACGCUCAUGCCGCAAACAUCGUCGCUGCCAUCUACCUUGCCGUCGGCCAGGAUCCCGCACAAGUUGUGGAAUCCGCCAAUUGCAUCACCAUCAUGAACAACGUCAACGGUAACCUCCAAAUCUCUGUUUCUAUGCCGUCGAUAGAAGUCGGUACGAUCGGCGGCGGAACCAUUCUCGAGCCUCAAUCCGCUAUGCUUGAUCUGCUUGGCGUACGCGGAGCCCACCCCACCAAUCCCGGUGACAACGCACGCCAACUCGCCCGCAUCAUCGCCGCAGGUGUGCUUGCGGGUGAGCUUUCUCUCAAUGCUGCUUUGUGCGCAGGCCAUCUGGUCAAGGCACACAUGGCCCACAACAGAAGCAAUGUGCCAAGUCGGGCGCCGACGCCUGCACCCGCAACUCCCGUUGGAGCGCAGACUCCCGUCACGAGUGCGCUAACGGCAAGCUCGAGUGGUCCGUUGCCUAGGCGUUAA